CAGUUGAUUAAAAAACUACGCUCAAGCUCCACAUGGGCACAAGAUUUGUUCAAAUCUCCAAAUACAUAACUGUAAAAGGAGUAAUUAUACAACUAGUGCCCUUUUCUCCCUGAGGAACAAUAAUUUUGACUAUUAUCUCUUGGAUAGACUUGACUCAGUCGCUUGAGAAGCCUCCACAAUGGCAAGUUCGGCGGCUUUGGACUCGAAUUGCAUCACCCUGACACGAUAUGUGUUAUCAGAGCAGAAAAACGCUCCCCAUGCAACAGGGGAGCUCACCCAACUCUUAAACUCCAUCCAAACAGCGGUUAAAGUAAUUAGUAGUGCUGUACGAAGGGCUGGGAUCACAAAAUUGUUUGGAACAGUGGGCCACACAAAUGUGCAAGGCGAAGAGGUGAAGAAACUCGACUGCCUUGCCAACGAGCUCUUCAUCAACAUGUUGUCCUCUUCGUACACUGUCGCUCUGCUGAUCUCCGAAGAGAACGAGACAGUGAUUGAAAUUGAAACUGAUAAAAGGGGCAAGUACAUCGUGGCUUUUGACCCGCUGGACGGCUCCUCCAACAUCGAUUGCCUCGUCUCAAUCGGUUCAAUUUUCGCAAUAAUGAAAAAAACGGACAAUUCGAUCCCGUCGGUGAAGGACGCCCUCCAGCCGGGCAACCAGGUGGUAGCUGCAGGGUACGCGCUCUACGGCAGCGCGACCAUGAUGGUGAUCUCCGUGGGGAACGGCGUCCACGGGUUCAUGCUGGACCCGUCCGUGGGCGAGUUCAUCCUCACUGAUAAGAACAUGACGAUUCCCAAACGGGGCAAAAUCUACGCCAUCAACGAGGGCUACACCCAUCAAUGGGACGACGCGGUCAAGGAAUACGUCAGUAACAAGAAGGACCCAUCGAAGGGGAAGCCGUAUAAUGCGCGAUAUGUGGGGUCCAUGGUCGCCGAUGUGCACCGGACGAUUAAAUACGGCGGCAUUUUCAUUUACCCAGCGACCAGGGAUUCCCCCAAUGGAAAGUUGCGGUUGUUGUACGAAUGCAUUCCCAUGGCGUUUAUUAUGACACAAGCGGGUGGGUUGGCUUCCAACGGGAAAAUCCCCAUUUUGGACGUGCAACCCACGAGCUUGCACCAGAGGUGUCCCAUUUUUCUGGGCUCGAAGGAGGAUGUGGAGGAGGUUCUGGCCGUUAUUAAGAAGCACUCGAAAUAAAUGUUUUGAUACUCAUUGGAUUUUUUAAUAAAUUUUGUUUAUUACAGUUAA